AUGGCUAGCGUCGUCCUGGGCUCCAUUUUCCUUGUCAGAGACUCCGAUCUCCUGGCCUGCUGCCAUGGCUCCAGGCGCGCAAGCAUGGCAAGGGGGGCGGCGGCCGCGGGCUGGAACCUGGGAUUUGUCCGGGGCGGAAAUGGCGAUGCAGAGGAACACGGAGCAGCUUUGGGCCAGAUGAGCUAG